GUUUUCCCAAAUCCGAGGGGACAACACGUACCGUCACGUGACAAGCCACUGCUCGUGUCAAAUCCAUCAAGAACUCUCAAUUGAUUAUAGAAAUUUCGUGUUGAUGGACGGUUAUAAAAUGGUGGACCACGCUGUCAUGCACAAGCGACUGCCAAGAAUGGCUGCAUCUCUACUGAAGUACAUACCCUCAGAGCGCAAGCCUGGCCCGGCGAUUAGGAUGCGCCACCGGGACUGCAGCAGUAAUGGGGCCAUGGGGCAAGAUUUUGACUGUGACUGCGUUGACCCUCUGGGUUUUGACCAUCCCCAGAGUGUUGGGGGUGGUUCCAGGACGCCAGACUUGCUGGGGCCGGAAGACUGUGCGGCCCUCCAGAGUUCCUCUUCCACCGGGCUCACUCCGAAAAGUCACAGCAUGAUGCCUGCUGACCUGGAGGGUACUGACGAUGAUUGGGACGGCUACUCUCCCCCAAGCACACCUCCUUUAUCUGUGGGGGACAUCAGAAUCCUUAAGCAAGGGGUCCUUGAACGGUUUGACAACCUGGAAGGCACCCCUAAGAGGGGCAGUAAGAUUGGAGUGGGUUACACAGACUGGCAUAGACAUCGGAUGGCAGCAGUAUGCAGCGAGAAGUUUGAGCGCCUCCUGCGGGAGUGUCCAGAGUUUCGUAGCUGCAAGAGCCAUCUGGCUGCCUUUGUCCUUGAGAGAGAGGUGACUGACACAGGGGGCCAGGCCUGUGAGCUCUAUGAGGUGGUGUCGUUGGGCACCGGCCAGUCGUGCUGCAGCGGUUGGCUCUGCUUCAGCGGGACCAUGGUGCAUGACUGUCAUGCCAUUGUCAUUGCCAGACGGGCUCUCAAAAGGUAUUUGUUCAAGCAACUGCUGCUGUUCUUCAGCCAUGACCCCAAGCAAAAGGAACUCUGCAUCUAUGAGGGUACCCAUGAAAGCCACCUGCUCCAGCUCAAGCCCGGGAUCUACCUGCACCUCUACACCAACCAGGCCCUGAAAGGGGCAGCUCAGUGCAUUCUUAUGAAGUCUCUGAACUACAGCUAUACCUCUCUGAAGCUCCAAUGCCACACCAAGGGCUCCCUGAUCCCAGUGUCCUUCCUCAACCCCAGCGUGUGGGCCGCCCGUGUCUGCUGCAUGUGUGACAGCGAUAAGCUGUGCCGCUGGACUGUCACUGGGGUUCAGGGGGCGCUGCUUAGCCACUUCAUUCAGCCGCUCUACAUCACCAGUGUUGUGCUGGGUGACUCCAGUCACAACUCAGAAAAGGUGUCGGACACAAUCAAUAAGCGCCUGGGUGAGGGGGGCUGGGAGGAUCUUCUGCCCCCCCCCUUCAGCAGGAAAUGUAUAUUCUUCCUGAACAGUGAGGGGGUGGGUUCUCCACUCACCCCCACCUAUGGCACAGACCUCAGCAUUAACUGGUGUCUCGGGGACUCCAACAUCGAGAUCCUGGACAGCACCAGUGGCUUCACCGUGGAUGGCUCCCCGUUUGUGAGUGGCUCUGGCCUCUCUAGCAGGCUGUGUAAGAGGGCCCUCUACAGCAACUUCCGCAAAAUUGCAAACUUGGGUGGAUACUCCUGUUUACUGGAUCUUCCCACGUAUCACAGAGCCAAGGUAGAGUCUCACGCCUUUCAGAAUGCCAAGACAGUGGUCAACCAGUUGCUCCUGUCAAACAGCGCUGGUCCAUGGAACUCCAAACACUUGGUGGACAGCUUUAGUCCCUAAGCGGAGACAGUUAAGGGUUUGUUAUGAACAACCAAAGAAGUUGGAGUCUGUUACUGUUACUCAUAACAGUGGUUUUCCUAAGUUCAAAAAAUAAUUGCAAUUUUGACAGGUAUGUCUACCACCUCUGUUCUGUGAAGUGUUCUGUUUUCAUGUUCAAGUACACAAUAAUAUGCUAAAUAAAACCUAAAACUCUAAAGGUG